AUGUAGUUGAGCUCGAAUAUACCACCAAUGGGUCAAAUUAAUGCUAACUUUGUACUGCUCCAUGCAUAAAGUGCGAAUAUAAUGCUAAUAAUUGUACAGAUUGCAUUUUUACUUUUACAUUAAGUGAGAGUAUACAAUUUGAAUGAAAUUGCUGCCAGUGCUAUUUUUCUGUUGAUCCUCAAGCAUGUUAGUAAUUUAUAAGUCUAUGUUAAACUUGUGAAUAGAAUCAAAACAAUUUGAUUAACUUGAGUGGAUGUUAAUUAAGCACUUAUUAAUUCGCAUUUAUGUGUUUGUGAGAUAGGUUGUAUUUUAAAUACUGAUGAUAUCACUUGCAUCAAAUGCUAAUUACCAUGUUUGAAUUUUUAUUUACAAUAAGUAAAUGUUGUACCUGUUAAUAUCAAAAACAUUAACAUAUGUGAAUAUGAGCCUGAAUAGAUAUUUGACAAUAAUUAAUUUUGCAUAACUUAUUAAUAAUCUUGUAAAACUUGUGAGAUAACUUUAGUAAUUCAAUCAUACUUCUAAAUUCUUAAUAUGUUUAGAUUCUAAUAAGAAACUUAAUCCUAUAUCAUUAUAAUGUGCUUGCAAAUCCACCUAUUAUUCUGAUAGUCUUAUCAUAUGUGCAAUAUGUUAAGAACCAUGUUAUGAAUGUGAUACAAACGGUUUUAUCAACUGCUUAGAUAUAAAUCAAAUUCGCUAUUCCAAUAAAUACUGUAUUUGCAAAUCUGGAUAUCUUUCAUAAGGGUUUGUAUUAAUUUAAUGUUAAAAUCCAUGUUCUAUAAGUAUUAAAUUUGUUCCCUAACAUAUGUAGAUCCAAUUUAGAGUGUUUAAAAUUAUUAAUGUUUAUGUUAAGAAGGGUUUUUAUUGAAGGGAAUUUUUUUGUGAUUAUUUUUGUUUAGAUUGUUAUGGAGCAGAUAAUUUUAUAAAGGGAUACAAUCUACCUUCUAUUAGUAGAUGUUUAAAUGCAUUUAUUAUUGCGAUAUUUGCUAUAAUCAAUUAUUUUUCAAUUCUGUCAAGAAGGAUACUUUAUAAAUUAAUUGACACAAAGUCAAGCAUGUAAUCCUUCUAGUAAAAUAUGUGAAAAUCCAUUAAUUUGUGAUGAAUGCUUUGAUGGCCAUUAUCUAAUGGAUUAGAAAUUUGAGCCAUGCAAUUAAAAUUUUUUUUAUUGUAAUGAGUUAUCUGAAAAAUUCCUUACUUGUAGAUCAAAUUAUGAAAUCAGUUAUAGUAAUUAAUGUAACUGUAAAGUUGGAUACUAUUAAUAAUAGAAUAAAUGUUAUAGAUGUAUCCAAUGCUUAUAAAAAAAAAUAUUAAGAAUGUUGUCAAUUAUAGAUUGUGGUACCUAAUUUAUUUGA